CAGGUGCGCGCUGAAAAAACAACAGCGUCUUGCACGGUGUUGACAGGUGAUCGUAGCCACACAUCAGAGGAAGUUGAAUUCUAAUUCUAGCUGCAUCCUAGCGACUCUAUACGACCAUGGUUGACACUGUCAGGACGAAAAACAUACUUGCCGUGUGAAAAUCCAUAAAAUCAAGUAUCAGUGUCAGAAAUUUGCAACAAAAUUUUUUUAGGUUCGGAUAUGGAACCAUCACCUGGGGCAAGGAGGGAAUUCCCCCCUCUGUCGACACCAAGGAGAUGUAUCACCCCCAGUAAUAACACCCAUAUCGCUGAGUGUUUAUACAACGGUCAUGUGACCUGUGAAUGGCUCACCUGUGGGAGCUAUUAAUAGUCACAUGGGCUGGAGAGAGAGAGAGGGAAGGAGAGCGAGAGACAGCUGUGUUCCUGGUUGGCCGAGGUGGUUGGAUUGCCUUGUGGUUCUUCUAGAAUGUCAGGUGUCAAGUUGUGCUGAACUGGAUUAUAAGUUGUGGUUGACUCUGUAGAAUGAAAAUGUCUCUCUUGGUGACGUCGUGUACGAUGGGGAAACAGCCGAGUCGAUUGCUCGACAAGGGGCCCUCAUACCUCCGAACUCGCACCAACACAAAACUCUUCGCUCGGAGGCGGCGGAGCGCAGUUGAGAUCCUGGAGGCAAGCAGACCCCAGUAUGUCAAGAGCAGCAACUCACUUGAUCACAGGCCAGCCAGCCUUCACUUCCCGGACUCAUUCAACAUCUUUGGCAGAUGCACAAGUCAGGUGACGACUACCCAGCCUCCCCGGUCCAAGUCAGAGUACAAUCUGCACCAUCUGAUAGAUUGUAACAGUAACGAUGGCAAGGACAACGUGGAUGGUGAUGGCAACCCUGACAUCCCCGGUGAAGAUACUCCACAACAGCAGCAGGAACGUAAUCGGCUAGCGAGCAGACGCACACCACACAAGCCCAUUGAAGCAGUGCCAGCAAAAAUCAAUAUGUCUGAGAGAGCCUCAGAAAUCUCCAACACCUCCCCCCGCCGAAGGGUACCAUGUGUUGAUAUCAAUGUGAGUAAAUCGGGUAAUUCUGGUGUGUCAAGAUCACGAGAUACUCGCACCAGUCUCUCAUGUCAGAACCUGGGUGAGAUGGCAGGGGACAAAGUGCUUCAGUUGGUGACGGCUCAGGCGACACUUACGGCAGGUGAGGCUGAUGUGGGCGCUGAGGUCAAUGUGGAGAGCACCUGCACACCUGUGCACCGCUCACACUCUGAUUUAAACUGUCGGCAUGUGCGGGAUAGCUCUGUAGCCUCAGAUAAGAGUUCACGGUAUUCAAGAGCAAGCGCUGAUUUAGAAAAAUUCUUCAAUCAAAUGGGACUCGAGAGAAAUGUGUUAGACCCCAUGUUGCGGCUGCAGGAAGUUCAGGGAAAGAAAGAAUUUGAAAUGUUUGAAAGUGUGAGUUCACUAGAUUCUCCUGAUACAAGGAGCAUUUGUAGUGGGGUGUCACGCAGUGAGAAAGCCCAUUCGGACACUGACGCAACAGACAAGACACUCAAUACAUCAGUAGUUGAACGAAAUGCACGAAUUAUUAAGUGGUUGUGCAGUGUGAAGAAGGCCAAGACAAAUGUCCCUGGACAUACUUGACCUUGCUGUGUUGCUAGGUGUGUUGCUAGGUCCAGUGUUCAGUCAACUCAAGCACUUAGAGCAACAGACAAAUCUUAGAAUCGCUGAAUUGGAGGAUGUGGGACAUCACAAGAUUCAAUAAGAUGGGAUUGCAGUCCCGUAUUGGAGGACCGGGGACAUCACAAGAUUCAAUAAGAUGGGAUUGCAGUCCCGUAUUGGAGGACCGGGGACAUCACAAGAUUCAAUAAGAUGGGAUUGCAGUCCCGUAUUGGAGGACCGGGGACAUCACAAGAUUCAAUAAGAUGGGAUUGCAGUCCCGUAUUGGAGGACCGGGGACAUCACAAGAUUCAAUAAGAUGGGAUUGCAGUCCCGUAUUGGAGGACCGGGGACAUCACAAGAUUCCAUUGAACAGGACUGCAGUCCUGUAUUGAAGGACCCAGGACACUGGUCCUUCCAUGAUGGAAGCAGGACGAGAAGGAUUAUGCAUAUCUGUAGUCACCACAAGUGCUUUCAGUGUAGAUGUGUUCAUGUAUUCAUACUGUGCUCUGUUACCAGGAACAGCAGUCAAUGAGACUGAUGAAAGAGGUUGUUUCCAGUUUCGUCAGGGUUACAAAAUGGAAGAGUCAUGUUUUUUUUAAUACAAAUUUUAAUUUCAAUCCUUCUGUAUAUUAUUGGGUCCUGUGUUCUAAUGUUUCUUGGCCCCAUUCUUAAAAUGAUCUACCGGUAAACUCUACAGCAGUUGUACGUCUAUGUAAAGAGUGGGAGUUACAAAUUGAUGCUACACCUAUGAUAGUCGUAGAACUAAAAGCGCUUUAUGUAUCUAUCCACUGGGCCAUUCCAGAAGACUAUCUGACCACCCGGACUGUUCUAUGUAGGGUGUUAUGAGUCGUAGCACACAAGCUACAAGUUCGAUACAAGAAGAUUCUUUUUUUUUAGCGCAAGUCCAGAAAGUUAGUUGUGGGAGAACGCAUUUGAUGUCUUGUAAGUCUAUUUGUCUACUGGAAACAACCUUGUUUGAGGUGGCAGAGAUGUUUGUCUUUGUGAGGUAUGAGUAGCAGCCUGAGGUAUUUGUUUUUGCAAUCGCAGAUGGUGUGAGUGCAUAUUAGGUUCAGUGUUAUGCAGUACUGACUACUGUUGAAGAUAGGUUUGUCAGUAUUUGACAUGAAGCAUGGGUUUAUGAAAGAUUAUGUGUCUGCUGUAUUUGAAACUGCUUCUGUGAAUCUGUAUAUAUGAAUUGUCCAUACACCUGGGAAAUUGAACAAACCUCCGUAAAUAAUAUGUCUGGCUCUGUCUGCAUAGACGUUAUUGUUCAGGAGAAAGGUGAACAUGUGGCUAUCUUGUUAUAAUUGACAGUUAAAAGUCUGAAAAUACCUAAAUUUAUUUCAUGUUCAUAAAUGACAAUAAUCAUUUUUUUACAAGUUCUUCACAUUUUAAUGAAUAGCCAGAGGUGAGCCAGAUAUGGCCUUUCAAAAUUAGGGGGCAGCAAAGUUGUGAAAUGACAGGAAGCAAGUGCAUUCGAUAAUAAGCAAGUAAUCCCGAAAGGACAGAGAUUUUUGCCAUUUAUUAUUUUUAAUUCUGAAAGCAUCAAAUCAGAAAGGUAGUAAUACCUUACAUUGUAUUUACAAAGUAUUGUUGAUAUAUUGAUCGUCUUAUGACAGUGGUUUGUUUACAUUCACUGAAUGUGCAAUAAUGUAUACAAUAAAUUAUUUGUUCUGAGAGUCCUGGAGAGACAAUGUCGCAGUUUCCUAAAAUAGGAGUAUUUUAGUGUAUGAUUAUUUGAAAGUGUGAGAAAUUAAUUGCCAGUUUUGAACAAAUACACAACAGUACAAAAGUGCAAUUCUUGGGCUAUUCUGAAGUCUAUAUUUCUUAUAUUGUGCCGAGGUUAGUGAAAAAAUGAACUGAUAUUUUUAAUAAAUUUCUAUGAACCAUAUAAUUCAUCCAAUGCAUACUUAAUAUAGCUAUAUUUUACCUGUACAGAGAUUUAAUUGGGAAAGCUAUUCAAAUUGUGCUGCAUUACCUCAAAACUGCAUAUAAUCCAAUUACUGUUUUUUAAUGUCAUUUGAGAUUCAAUCGAGUUGUGAAACCAGCCACUACAGAUGUUCAUGAAUAUAUUUCUCAUAAGCAGAUGCUACAGAGCAAUUAUUUUAGUGUUCAUGUUAGUGUUGUUUUAUACGUAUAAAGCUGCGGUGUCUGCAAGAGUGGGAAGAUGCUUAACACAUCAUGGCUUGGUGUGCCUUGCUUUCAGAGAGAGCUUCACAUAGUUUUUGUUUCAGUAAUUGUACAGAUUGUAAGUCUCUGAAGGGACAUUAGGCAGGAAAGGGUCCUUGUAUCAGAGUAAACAGGCUGGCUCUAUGGCAGAGAUGAAAAUUAACGCUAGUAGAAAUAAAAUUAUAAUGAUACUAGCUCGUAGGGCCUGUUAGCUUUUUGACACAUGCUGUCAAUUUUUGGGCAGUGGAAACUGCAUCACAUAGCCAGCGCAGUGAAUUAUUCUUAAUGAGCCUUAAUAUUUGAAUGUAUUUUAUGGAUCAUGAAAGAACAUAAUGCAGGGCAACCAGAAAAUGAUCCCACUUCAUGGGUGGAUACAGAGGGGGGGUGCGCACCACCCCCCACUCCCACCCCUUUUAUUUCGAAAAAAAUCUUUAUUUCUGUAUAAAUUACCACCAAAGACAAUAAAUAGAUCUUAAUUGUGCACCCCCCCUUUUAAAAAAAGCUGUAUCCGCCCAUGCCUGUGGGCUUGAAUGUGUUUGGAGUCAAUUUCCACCUCUUCUCUAUGGUUGGAGUAGUUUAAAAGUAACAGACUCUGUAUUUAUCCUUCAGAAGUGAACUCGCAAUUUGGUUAGAUUCUUUCACAAUAAACCAAUGGUGUUAUCGCUAUUACACAUAGCAGGAUGAUGUGAUAUAGUAUAAACCGUUUAAAUCUCACUUGCUGACAAAUGUGUUGUAGAUUAUUAACAUAUCUAUCUUCAAGUCUCAUAUUAACUACACAUUGACAAUGACUGAGAAAGAAGAAAUUUUCUAUUAAUAUUAUCUUCCAGGUGAUACGGUCGUCAUAUCGGCUAUUGCAAUCAGAGGUGGUCGUUGUGAUUUGAUACCUCUGAAUGACCACUUAGAAUCAAGUAUUUCCCAAAUUCUUGGUAGAAUAAAUUUGGAUGUUGAAAAUUAGUUGAAUCAGUUCGGUGCACACCUCAUGGUUUUGAAAGUUAGACUGUUUGAUCAGUUGCCAAAUACAUUCCUUCAGCCAAUAGACUGACUUGUAGAUCAACGACGUGCAUCACAACCAUCAGGAUUAGAUGAGUUCAUUUUACAAGUGUUUGACUGUGUUCAUUUUUUAUUUAAGACCAAAGACAUACUUUUUCUUCCACCAUUCAUCCCAACAAUGUGCUUUUAGAAGAAACAAUAUUGCUUUUGCAAAUUUUUUAUGUAUUCUUAAUGGCCAAAAUUAGAAGACGGGAAUAUACAUUUACUUCAUGUGCAUCACAGUUUUUAUAGCAUUUUAGAAGCUACUGGGAUGAAGAUUACAUUCAAAAAGUCUAUGCAAAAUUAUUGAUAUACAAAGAAACAAGGUUGUGCACAGACUGCUGAAUUGUUUAUUUGUCAUGAUUCCAUUCGAAGUCUUCAUGUUCUUACAAAUGCUUAGAGUACAUAUUGAUCAAUGGAGUACGAUUGAAGUCAGCUUUUUGUGCCUGCUGAUCCAAGGGGGAUAACUCUGUAAUGAGACCUGCUUAAAGUCCUUGAUGUUAUCAAAGACUGGAAGUUGAAAAUAUAUAUUUAUAUAACAGUGUAUAAACUGUUAUUGGUUUGAAAUUAUAUUUAUUAAAACUAACAUAAGAACUCGUAUUUUGCUGGAACUGCUUCUACUAAUACAUGUCUGUGAAUACGGAUGACCGCAGAAUAACUCAUGUAAAACGUGUUAGUUACAUGCACUGGGAGCACCUGAUCUAUGUUGAGAUAACUAUCCCUACCUUACAGUGUUGAAAGUAAACUAGUAUCUUGACAACUGAUUUUUUUGGCUUUGGUGUCUAUGUUGUUAAUUGCUUGAGAUGCAAGAAAUCAAUGUUAUAGUCAAUAUUUUGGGGUGGGUGGGGGUGUGUUGUGGAGACUAUUAAAGUCAGUUAAUUAUGACUAAAGUCUUAUAAAAAAACUUCCAGGUAAGUAGACAUCUGAGCUGUGGCACACAGCCUGGAGCAAAGAGGGUGUUAUUCUUUUGCCAAAUAAUGAAAAGUGUCCAAAGCUACUUAAAAUUUGCUAUUCUAAUUUUUUGUCUGUAAAGGCAAAUGUGUAUCCUCACUUUAACAUGUUAAAUAUACAAAUAUGUCAUUUCCUGAAAGAUAAUGUGGUACUUCAUUUCAUAGAAAUUGUGAGAAAUGGUUUCAACUAAUGCAGCUGUAAUCCCUAAACUAAAUCUGUGUAAAGACCUUUGUCUUUUUCGGUAUAUAUCCUUCUUUACACAAUAGGUCUUUUGCAUACAUGCUAUUGGCACCCAUUAUUGUUCUGUUUUAUGGUUUCCGUUAUAAGCCAGAGACGCUGAACAGUUGGCUACACAAAACAAUAAAUUCAUCAGCAAAUCAA